UCCAAAAUGUUUGAUAAUAAUAAUUAUAUUGUUGAAGAUAAUAUCGUUAAGUCAACAAAGAAAAUGUUUGUGGAUAAAGUAACUCUAUCACAGUUAUCAGAGGAUGUACCAUCAAUUAGUGAAUUUUAUGCUGAUCAAAACAUUCUGGUUACGGGCGGUACUGGUUUUAUGGGCAAGGUUUUAAUUGAAAAAUUACUUCGUUCAUGUCCAAAAAUUAAGGGCAUUUAUUUAUUACUGCGUUCGAAGAAAAAUUAUACGGAUGAAGAAAGAUUAAAUAAAAUGUUUAAUAUACCUUUAUUUAACAGAUUAAAAGAAGAAUAUCCGGAAUCAUUAUCAAAAGUAAAAGUAAUUAAAGGAGAUAUCAGCAAACUAGAAUAUGGUUUAUCUGAUUCUGAUUUGGAAUUUAUAAUUCAUAAAAUACACAUUGUAUUCCAUGUGGCAGCAUCUGUUCGAUUUGACGAUUCUUUGAAGGAUGCUAUUUUAAUUAAUACACGAGGAACUAGAGAAAUGUUAAAAAUACUUAAACAAAUGCAAAAUUUAAAGGUUUUCCUGUAUACGUCAACCACUUAUUGUAAUAUCGAUAAAGACGUGGAUGCAAUCGAAGAAAAAGUUUAUAAGGCGACAACGGAUUGGAAAACUAUGAUUAAAGCAGCCGAAAAUAUGGAUGAAAUGGUGCUCAAUUUUCUUGAACAAAAAAUUUUAAAUAAGUAUCCGAAUACGUAUACUUUUUCAAAAAAUCUUGCUGAAGAAGUUAUCUUUGAAAGUUGUGAUGAUAUACCAACAGUUAUUUUUCGUCCUACAGUCGUGGUUGGUUCGGAGAAGGAACCAAUGCCUGGAUGGAUUGAUAACUACAAUGGACCAAUGGGUCUAACUACAGGAGUUCAGACUGGCGUACUUCAUACAGUUUUAAUAGACGGCGAUAAGAAUAUAGAUUGGGUACCUGUUGACAUCUCAAUAAAAGGAAUGAUAACAUCAGUAUGGUAUAAGGCAUUAGAACAAACUGAUCGUAAUAAAUGCUUAGUAAUUAACUCAUCAACUAGUGAUUUUAUAAAAUUCAAUAAUGGCGUAUUUUGUGAUCUUGGUGUCAAAAUAUUAAGCAAAAAUCCACCGAAUCAACUAUUAUGGUAUCCAUUUUGUUUUCUAACGACAAAUAAAUAUUUAUAUUGGUUUUAUUUUGUAACACUGCACUUGAUUCCUGCAAUAUUUUUAAAUCUUGCACCGUUCACAUUAAAUGAAUGGACAUUCAAAAAUGAUAAUUUUAAAUCUUUACAUGCAAUAUUGAAACCAGAGGAUAUUGAUAAGUUCUCGGUAGAUUAUUCUGGAUUAACAGUUUCUGAACAAUUGGAAAUGCAAAUAGAUGGCACAAUACGAACGAUGGUUCAAAACUGGUGUUCGUAUCCGAAUCCAGCGCCAGGAGAAGAAGUUGUAAUUUGUGGUAUUUCGGGUUUAUUUCCAAAAAGUGACAACAUUAUUGAAUUAAAGCACAAUUUAUAUAAUGGUAUUGACUUGAUAUCAGAAGAUAACUCAGCCACAAAUCCUGAUAUACCAAAAUAUUUGGGUCGAGUGAAUCCAAAUAUUCUCAGCGAGUUUGAUAAUAAGUUUUUUAAUAUACCAGAUGAACAAAUUCGUUCAUUGGAUCCAAUGACUCGCAUACAUUUAGAGAAAACAUAUGAGGCCAUAAUUGAUGCAGGACUGAAUCCCGACGAUUUACGUGGAACAAAAACUGGGGUCUACACAGCGUCAUCAACGUGCGAAGGUGACAGUGAUUGGAUUUUUACACCAGCAAAUGUUGAUGGCUACGGUGUGAUUGGAAAUAGUAGAGCAAUGUUAGCUAACCACGUAAGUCUAUGGUUAGAUUUACAUGGUCCAUCGUAUAAUUUGGAUACAGCAUGUUCAAGUUACUUAUAUGCUGUUGAGCACGGGUAUAGAGAUUUGAGAGCUGGUAUUGUGGAUUGUGCGCUUGUUGGAACCGGAAAUUUAUGUUUGUCUGAAUUGACAACUUUACAAUUUGCACGUUUGGGUUUAUUAUCAAAAGAAGGAGCUUGUCGAACUUUUGAUGAAAAAGCAAAUGGCUAUGCAAGAUCUGAAACAAUUGGAUGCAUGGUGUUAAUGCGUGCUAAAGAUGCUAAACGUAUCUACUCGUAUAUUGUGCACUCAAAGACUAAUUGUGAUGGAUAUAAACCUCAAGGUAUUACGUUUCCAUCUACAGAAGGUCAACACAAAUUAUUGAGUGAAUUCUAUAACGAAAUUACAAUUUUACCGAAAGAUAUUAAUUACGUUGAAUGUCACGGCACUGGUACUAAAGUCGGAGACGUAGAGGAAUGUAUUUCAGUUGAGAAAAUAUUUUGUAAAGAUCGUAAAACACCGUUAAAAAUUGGUUCGGUGAAAUCUAAUCUUGGACAUUCCGAACCAUCCUCUGGAUUAUGUGCAAUUGCAAAAUGUAUUUUGUCCAUGGAGUCUGGUUUGAUUCCACCAAAUUUGCAUUAUAAUAAACCACGGAAGGAAAUUCGAGGAUUAAUCGAAAAAAAAUUUGAAGUUGUUGACAAAAUUACACCAUUGGAUGGUGAUUACAUGGCUCUAAGUGGAUUUGGAUUUGGUGGAGCUAAUGCACAUCUGUUGUUAAAACGUUUUAAAAAAUUGAAAAAAAAUUAUGGGUACCCCUCAGAUGACCUACCACGACUUGUUUGUGUAUCUGGCAGAACUCAAGAUGCAGUGAAUACAAUCAUCCAUGAUUGACAAAAGCGUUCUGUAGAUGUGGAACACGUUCGAUUAUAUCAUGAAGUUUAUCGGAAGAAUAUUAAAAAUCAUGAUUAUCGUGGGUAUGUGCUUUUA